AGUGAUGGUUUACUUUAUCUUGGGGACUUAAAACCUUGGUUGCAAGCGCAAGAGCAACUAAACUCUAUCUGUUAUCCUCUUCUUCGCUCUGUCAGUGAUGACGAGUUCUCGAGAGCGUUUGGUGAAAGCGGUGAAGCAGUUCGUGGAGGUUCGAUACAAGGUCUUCAGCAACCGUUAUGGGCAAAACAUCAUCGACAUCUUCGACUUCCCAAUUAAGGUUGUCUUGUCUCCCUUCACUUUGGCCUUCGACAUUGCAGGCUCUGCUCCUCGCGGCUUCGGUGUUCCCGAACUCAUCUCUAAGCUCUCCGCUACUUCCGUCUUCGCUAUAGCUGCUCUUGGUACUUAUGACAUUGCAUUUGAGCUGGGGAGGAAGGUGAUAUGUCAAAGGAAUUGUAAGUCUUGUAAUGGAUGGCGGGCCUUACGGUGUACAAUGUGUCGAGGAAGUGGGAGGGUGCAUUAUCAAGUGAAGAAUUGCACCUUGAAGAGUGGAGAGAAAGCAACCGCUGAAUCUGUAGCAGAUGCCAUUGUCGAAAACCGAGCUGAGUUGGUUCAUAUACCAACAUCCUUGGAUUUUCAGAAUUCAUUACCUUCAAAGGAGUGUCCUACAUGUGAUGGAACGGGCGUAAUGGGCUGUCCUGAAUGCAAACACAGAUUGGUGCAUGUUAGGAUAUCAGCAGAUGAUAUUAUGGAGCCCCCAUGGCAAGCUGUUAAUGUCUUGAAAAAGAUGGAUUAUCCAUAUGAGCACAUAGUGCACAGCAUGAAAGAUCCCAGUAUUGCUGCAUUUUGGUUGAUUACAUUUCCUCAGAUUAUGGGUGGGUUUACGUAUGACGAUGACGUGAAGCAGAAAAUAUGGUGGCAGUACAAGGAAUCUAUGCGGUAUGAUCAACUCAGAGAUGUGGUGGCCAAGAGGAAACCAGGGUGGGAAUAUCUGCAGGAUGCCUUGCUAUCUAUUGAUCCUGCCCGUGCAAGGGAUGAUCCUGUCAUAGUGAAAAAUGUCCCUUACUAUAAGGCUAAGAAGGCACUGGAGACAGAGGUCAUGAAGCUUGAUCCUCCACCAAGACCGUCAAAUUGGGGUGAGCUGGACCUUCCAUUGAAGGCAUCAUCUUGGAGUGACGAGGAUCUCAAAGAUCCUGAAAAGUUCUAUGAAAUGACUAUUCUUCUUAAUGCCCAAAGAGAAAUCUCUGAUAAGAUCUUGGAUGCACAGUGGGAAACUAAAUGGCGUCAAGACAAGUUGAAUGAGAUGUUGGAGGCAAAGGUGAAGCCAUACAUUCAGGAUAUAGACAACACAGUUCUUCCUGAUCCUAUUUUAUUAAAACCGCAAAAUCAGGAGAAGAGACAACGGCGGAGAUGGUUCUUCUUUUGACAACAUGGGCAAGGCUACUAUAUGCUUGAGCAUGCUUGUUUGUAGUCCUAUUAUUUUUUGUCAUAAUCUGUAACUAUGCAUACAUAGUGUUGGAUCUCCCCUGGUAUUUCCCCUUUUUGUCUUGAUGCUGUGGCUAUCAUCAAGCACACAUGUUGUGCCUCUGGUGGUCAUCAUUUUUGUGGAGGAAACAAUUGUUUGUGGCACAAGAAAUACAACUUCUGAGAAGUAAAGUCUAGAGAAACAUGCAAGAAGCAACAAAAGCCUUCUUCAUACGGCCAAACCUUUGUUGAUGUUACAUUUGGUAUUAUGUCAAACACAUUCCGAAGAUACCCUCAUUUAGAUUAUUCCUUUUAAUCUUCUAUUUCUGAAAUUCCCUGAAAAUCAAUCCGUAUGUGUUGUUGACUCCAACUUCUGUUCUGACCAAUGAACUAUCUUCAAUGUGAUGAGUAUAUGAACGCUAAAAUAAUUAAAUUGUUGGUUUGCUUUGA